CGUUCUUUGGCGCUUUAGUACGCGGACUCGCUUAUCUUUCCUUACUUCUUUGACAAUCUAGUUGUGAACGAAACGGAAGAUUCCUAAUCGUCCUCAUUAUUAUUUCAGACGUAUUUCUUUAUUUGUACUUUAAUAAUAAGUAAAGAAAAAUAUAAGGUUGUAAGAAUUUAUAAUUAAGACUUGAAACUUCAGACAUUCAUUACACAUUUAACCAAGAGUGAAGAGAUAGUGCGCUUAAAUAUGGCUGGUGAGAAGCGCAGUGCUACACAGGCCGUGGAUCUGGCGCUUAAGGAGUCUGCGAUCAUUCUGGAUAUCGAGGGUACUACAUCCAGCAUCAGUUUUGUCCAGGAUACACUUUUCCCAUACGUGCGAGAGUUCUUAAAAAAACAUGUCGACGAAAAAUGGAAUGACGAAGAAUUCAAAGCAGAUUUUUCUAAAUUGAAAGAACAGGCUAAAGAAGAUGAGAAGCAGAAAGUUGAUGGAUUUAUACCAAUUAAAGAAGGUACAGAACACGAAACAAAAGAAUCUAUUGUACAAUAUGUUCUUUGGCAAAUGAAUAAUGAUCGUAAAACUGAUGCAUUGAAGCAAUUACAAGGACAUAUAUGGAAAGCAGCAUACAAGCCAAUUAAGGGACAUGUUUAUGACGAUGUUCCAAAAGCAUUUGAAGAAUGGACAAAUAAUGGUAAAAAACUUUAUAUAUACUCGAGUGGAAGUGUGGAGGCACAAAAACUAUUAUUUGAAAAUUCAAUACAUGGAAAUUUAUUAAAGUAUAUUAGUGGUCAUUUUGAUACUAAUAUAGGCUCAAAACAAGAUAUAGAAAGUUACAAAAAUAUUUUUAAAAGCAUUGGUCUUGAAUCGUCAGAUAUACUAUUUCUUACCGAUGUUAUAAAAGAAGCUGAAGCCGCAAAGGGGGCAGGUCUUUCCACCAUCAUUGUUAUAAGAAAAGAAAAUGCAGAAUUAAGUACUUUGGAAAAAGGUUCAUUUAAAACAAUUGAAUCGUUUUCAGAAUUAACCUUUCAAACCUCCAGCAAGCGUCAAAAAGUAGAAGAUGCUAAUAAUAUAACAGAAAAAAAAGAUAGUAAUUCCUUGGAGGGAAAGUUAGCUUUCAGUGAAUUUGGAAACGAACCUAUGGACACAACGGACAAUUUAAAAACGCCUAUUAAAGAAAUAAAAAAUGAUUCGCAAAUCGAAGUAAAAUUAGAUAAUGUAACAGAAGAAAAAAAGGUACUUAAAGAGUUAGAAAAAACUAUAGAAAAUGAGAACAAAUUGGUACAAGAAGCAAUAUCAGAGGAAAAGACUGUUACAGAUAUGAAGAUGGAAUCUGAUAAAUCAAAAGAAAUUGUAGAAAAAGAUAUAAAUAAACGAGUGGAAAAGACAGAAACGGAGAUUUUUAAAGACAAAUCAAAAAUUGAUAUUUUUAUUGUAGACAAUAAAUCAGCAGAAAUAGAGAACAAAUUAUAUGACACAGAACAUAAAUCUGCAAAAUUAGAAAAAGUAACAGAAAAGACAUUGGAAGAAAUUAAUAUCGUGAUUAAAAAUAAAAUUGAAGAUUCUACAACAAAAGAAAAUAUAUUAGAAAAAGAAAAGAUGUGUGAAACAGUAAUGGUAAAAGUUAUUGAAUCUAUGAUAGAAAAAAGCACAGAAAUUCCAAUAAAAAAAAUUACAGAAAAGAUAGUUCAAACGGUUACUGAAGAAAUAUCAGAAAAAGCAGUUGAAGAAAUUACCGACAAAACAUUAGAAGUUACGAAAAUCGAAGAAGAACCAGAGUUAGAGGAAAAACAAGCUAAUACAGUAGAGAAGAAAUCUACAGAAAACAUAAAAGAAAAUGGUGAAGCUAAGAUUUUUAAAUCCAUAGAAAAUAAAAGCGAUGAAAGCGAAAAUAAAGAAAAUGUACAACGCAUUGAAGAAGCAGCAAAGAUAGAAACAAAAAUUGAAACAGAUAUUGAAAAAGUUAAUGAGUUACAUGAUAAUAAAGAACUAGAAAAUGCAGGAAAAGAUAAAAUAAUUGAUAAUGAAAAAGAGGCGGACAAUAAAGUAAAUCUUGAAGAUGAGGUACCAAAAGAUGUAGAGAGUACAAAAUUGAACGGAACAACGACAAAUAGCGACUCUAUAAAAAAUGUUAUAGAUGAGAAAUUACAUAGUAAUGGAGUUAGCAAGGAAUCAGAAAAAACGAAAGCGAAUAGAGAUGCUGAAGAGUCUACUAAAAUGAAGAAGGCAGUAGCGGAUGGCGCUGGUGAACCUGACGUCAUUAAUUCUCCAGUGCUUACAGCAAUGUCCUAAUCUCGAUAGGAGAUCUUCAUCGUUCAUUUUUUAAGAAGUUCUUCACACAUAAUCCCACUGCUCCCUUAAUCCUUGACAAUUAUCUUAAAAGUAUGAUAGGAAGAUCUGGUGUUUCCCUCAAACCCUUUGUAUUAUAGCCGGGUAAAUAUGUUAUUUUCGACGAUAAACAUACUUUAGUUUAUCUGCGCUGCAUCAUUGUUAAUGUAUACGUUAUUGUUUAAUUUUAUUUACUUUUUUGUUAAAUUAUACAAAAAAAUGUAUGUUUAUAAAAACAUAUCUUUUAUAAUUUUAUAGAAAAGGUAAAUGUUUUUAGAUAAGAUGAAUUGAUUUAAGUUAGUAAAAUUUACGAUAUGAAUUUUAAAAAUAUUGCCCGGCUUGAAAUAAUUAUAAUUGCCCGCCAUUAAACUCUCUCGUAGGAUUCCAUUUUCAUUUUACAGUUUAAUUUAUAAAACGUUUUUUACAAAACGAUAAUAGCUUUUACGUGACACUUUUUAAAUAGAAUUAUUGUUCCUUUGACAAAGAUAUAGUGAUGAACAGAGAGAAAGAGAGAGAGAGAGAGAGAGAGCAUACAGCGUGUUUCAGAUUCGGUUGUCCUUUGGAUUUGUAAAGCAUUGGUUGUGCGGUAGCAAUUGCCAAUUUAAAAUGUUUCUACCAUCAAACAAAAGUGCAUGUAUUUUUUAUUAUACAAUAAUUUCAAAGCAGUAGUUCGUAAAAUCCUAUAUUCAAGACAAAAUAUUUCUUAUAAAUAUUUUUGUUCAGUUAUACUAUUUAUAAAUUUACAAUAUUGAUAAUUUUAAUUUUCAUAUCUUAAUUUAAAGCGAUUAUUAAUCUCUUUAUAGGAGCAUAUAUCCUAAAUUCAGCAAUAAAUUAUUUACUAGACUUUAUGUUUGAUUAGAUACAGCCAUUAUUAUAAUUGA